AAAAAAGAACCUUGUUUGAACUUAUUGAUAACAUAUGAACAGUACAUAACACACACUAAAUUCUGCAGCAAAGCCAAAGCUACACACUUAAGGGUCAAAAAGCGCAAUGAAAAUACUGCUCACCAUCAACCACAGCUUUAUGGGGGCGGAGUCCAAGAUUGUUCUGCGCAUGCACAAGUAGCACAUCUGGAUAGAUAGCAACUACUGACAGGACUCCCGGAAAAAGACUUUCGACAACUAGGGCGGCAGUCUGGUAUCUCUCGGUAAGAAAUGGCCCCUAAAACCAUAAGACAGGCUUUAGCAAACAUGAUGGAGGACCUGAAGCCAGAGGACUUAAAAAAGUUCUGCACACGGCUUGUGGACCGCAGGAAAGAGCCGCGGGUCCGACGCAACAGGGUGGAGGGUAAACACUUUCUGGAUAUCGCGCACGUCUUGGUUUCUACUUUUACCGAGCAGGGAGCUCUUGCUGUGGCUGACGAGAUCCUGAAGGACAUUGGAUGCAGCAACGACGCAAAAUAUCUUGCUGAAGACACACGUGGACUAUCCUCAAAACCUGGUUCCAGUGGCACAUCUGAGAGGGAGAGAGAGAGACCAAGGCCACAAGGCAGGACACGGCAGGACAGUAUUGAAAGGUAUAAAAUGGAUGCCUUCCCAUGCGGACACUGUCUCAUCAUAAACAACGUGGAGUUUAAACCACAGACCAAGCUGAGCAAUCGCACAGGGUCUGACAUAGACUGCAACAAGCUGAAGAGAAGAUUCAAGGCAUUCAACUUUAAUGUGGAAGUGAGGACAAACCUGAAACAAGAACAAAUCAAAGAUGAACUGACAGCGUUGUCUAAGAAAGACCAUUCCCAGUAUGACUGCUGUGUGGUUAUCAUACUGUCCCAUGGGACAGAGGCAAGUCACAACCGCUUCCCUGGUGCCGUGUAUGGUGUAAAUGGAGAAUGUGUCCCAGUUCAUGCGAUCAUAAACUACCUCGACGGUCAGCAUUGCCCAUCUUUACGAGGCAAACCCAAACUUUUCUUCAUCCAGGCCUGUGGAGGAGGUGAAAAAGACUCAGGCUCCCCCAGUGAAGUUGAACCAUCCGUUGGUGGAGCAGAUGACCAGAUGAACAACAUUCCAAUGUCCUCCAGCAGCGACUCUCUCAGCAUGUCCGCUGAAACGGACUUCAGAGACGCACUGCCCACCCAGAGUGACAUUCUGGUGUCCUACUGUACUUUUCCCGGUUGCGUCCCUCAGAGAGGUUCCUUGUACGUCGAGACUCUGGACCACAUCCUUGAGAAAAAUGCUGCUACCCUUGACUUGGUCAAAAUGUUAACAAAGGUGAAAAAGGAAGUCCCUGAAAAGACUGCGCAUUUUCUCCGCAAAAGCAUCUACUUUCAAACCCAAGAAUAGAGGCAAUGUUAAGCUUGACAAAACUCCGUUAAACCUUCAGGGAAUGUUAGUCUAUUUAAAGAUCAUACAGCAUCUCUGUAAUUUCUUUGGAUUAUGUCCCAACAGAAUUGCAAAAUGUAUGUAUUUGCUAAAUUGUGGCUGUUCUUUUACUGACACAAUUAUGUCUUAUUGUACAUUUGUAUUGUUUGUAAUUUCUUGCUGUGUUUUUAAAAGCUGGCAACUUUUCUAAAUGAACUUUUAAGGGAUAUAUGUCAUAGAUUUCUUUCUAUCUAUAUAUCUACCUAUCUAUCUAUCGAUAGAUAGACAGAUAGAUAAGUACUUCAGUGUUGUUGCAUUUGCUACCACAAAGUUAUAGUAUGCAAGACUGAGAGUAAUCACAAGUUAAAAAGUGGUGUAUUUUAUUAAACUGCAAACACUAAUAGAUGGUGUUUGUGAGUCACAGAUGACGAGUUUUCAAAGAUACCUUUUAGUCUUUUACUUCUCUCCACUACCACCAGGGGUCACAACUGCCAUGAUUUCAUAGUAUUAUAUUUUCACUUCACUUUAUCUUACUUUUAUUGACGUAAUCAAGUGGGCUUUAUUUUCUAUCUUAUGUUACAUUAAUGCUUUUUUUCUUUCCUUUUCAUGGUUUUAUGUUCUUUUAUGUCCUUUUCAUAUUUAGUACUUGGUGCAUGUAAUUCCUUUUGUUGUAAAGCACUUUGAGCUGCAUUUCUUGUAUGAAAGGUGCUAUACAAAUAAAGUU